AGGAUAUGUCGAGAUAAACAAAUUUAGGUCCUCUUUCUUGACUUUAGCGAGCUAACUAGCUGAAUGCUAUCGUUCAGGUAUUCACAUAUGCGGUAACAGAUAAGGAAAUCUCUCAAUCAGUUUAUUUAUGUCAGGGGAACUAACUUGGUCGAAUUACUAGCACGAAAGUAUCGUCAUUACGAAGCAGCUUUAGCUAGUUUUGAUAGUAAAAAAAAUAGGCGACCCAGCUCAUAGUUUUUAGCUAGCUAACGUUAGCUUUGACAAACACCAACAAGCGAACUCCAUCUAUCAAUUGAAUUAUAAGAUGCUCUUAUCCAGAGUGAUUUACACAGGCAAAUGGUGUUAAGUGCCUUGCUCAAGGGCUGCACGGCUCAGGGAUUAGAACCAGCAACCUUUUGGACUGUGUUAAUGAGUAGACAUGUCUGGUAUCGCUCUUAGCAGACUGUCACAGGAGCGCAAAGCAUGGAGGAAAGACCACCCAUUUGGUUUUGUCGCUGUGCCUACCAAAAAUCCUGAUGGCACUAUGAACCUCAUGAACUGGGAAUGUGCCAUUCCGGGGAAGAAGGGGACGCUGUGGGAGGGAGGCCAAUACAAACUCCGAAUGCUGUUCAAGGAUGAUUAUCCUUCCUCGCCGCCAAAAUGCAAGUUUGAGCCACCCAUUUUCCACCCCAAUGUCUACCCAUCUGGCACGGUGUGUCUUUCCAUCCUGGAGGAGGAGAAGGACUGGAGGCCAGCCAUCACCAUAAAACAGAUCCUGUUGGGUAUCCAAGAGCUUCUCAAUGAACCCAACAUCCAAGACCCAGCACAAGCAGAAGCCUACACAAUUUACUGUCAGAACAGAAUGGACUAUGAGAAGAGGGUGAGGGCGCAGGCCAAGAAGUUUGCCCCCACAUAAAGCUCAGCUGAACAUCUGCCUGAGAAGCCUGAUACAACACCUGGGUACUGAACAGCAAGCAGCACUUAGAGGACCAAUCCAAUGAUCAAUCUACAAUUUGAUAUGUUCUUCUUUACAUGAGAAAAGUGUCAUGUAGCCUACAUGAGAGCCAUUUUUAAAACAAAACAAAAAAAUCAUUUGUCCACAAUUUUUGUUGUUGCCAUUUUCACUUCUAAAACACUUUCUUAUAAUUUAGUAAGAUUCCAUUUGAAUUUGUGAUCUAUAAAUCAGGAAGCUACUUUGCCUUAUAUUUAGUCUUAUCAAAUAUUCAUAAGGUUUAAUAACAAAUAAUUUCAAAUUGCAGUGUCUGAUACAUCAUUUUGUAACUGAAUCUGUACUUAAAUAAAUUACCCCGUAAGUUAAGUGAGCCUUAUUUUUCUGUAUGUCUGGUCACAUUGAUUUUAAUUGUAGAUUGUUUAUUGGGAUGCCCCUUUAAUAAGAUGGAUGUCAGAGCUGAGAGUGUGCUGCAUAGAGAGCUGAAGAGGUUUACCUCCAAAGACUUGAGUGUAUGUAUAUAAUAUAAAUAUGUAGGUCCAUAUGGAUCUUAUGUUCUUUUCUAUUGUUUUAGCAAGUUGAUAUUUGUCUGUGGUAUUAAAAGUAAUAAACACAAAAUGUAAGAAUUGUGAAUUAAAGUUAAUUGAAUGGAAAAUACUAAA